CUGUCUCUUUCCAAACAUGGUUUGUUCUAGUCUGUUCUCAUUCCUUCUCCUGACUUCAGAAGAAUUCAGCAGCUUGUACAACCUCCCUGACAACAGUGGUUGUUCGUGAAGGUUUUUUUUCCUCGAAGGCAUGCCGGAUUUGUUAAUCGGCUGUAUUUCACUUGAGAACGUAAUGGAUCUUCAGGAAUACUUCAGAAGGAUCGGGUUCGGCGGGACGUACGAGAAACCCGAUCUGGCCACGCUCCGCACCGUCCACGAGCUGCACGUGAUGAGCGUUCCCUUCGAGAACCUCAGCAUCCACUGUGGAGAGAGGAACACCAUGGACCUGCAGAUCAUUUAUGAGAAGAUUGUGAGAAACCGUCGUGGAGGAUGGUGCUGUGAAAACAAUCAGCUCUUCUCCUGGGUGCUGAGAGAGAUGGGCUACAAAUACACCACGCUGGGCUCUAGAGUCUUCAACACGCUCAAAAAUGACUACAACCCUUUCAAUUCACACCUCAUUAACAUGGUGCAGAUCGAAGGCAAGCCGUAUAUCGCAGACGUGAGUUUUGGAGUGUCCUGCCAAAUCUGGCACCCGUUAGAAAUGAUCGCAGGGAAAGAUCAAGAGCAGCCGGCGGGGAUUUUCUGUCUAUUGAAUGAUGGUGAAACUUGGACGCUGCAGAAGACUGGAAGGAAGCCGCUGGUCCAGAAUGAAGCCUUCGCCAAUUCCAGCCUCAUUGACAAGCGUGUCACGAAGACAAUGUACUCUUUUUUGUUAAUACAACGUGAGAUUGACCAUUUUCUGAACACAAGCGAGUACCUGCAGACCAGCCCCGAGUCUCUGUUCACCCAGAAAUCCAUCUGUUCCCUCCAGACCCCCACUGGAUUCAGAACUCUGAUUGGUUGGACCUUCAGUGAAGUCACAUUUAACCCUAAGGAAGACACGGACAUCAUCGAGAUGAGAGAUGUAUCUGACAGCGAGAUAGAGACUAUACUCAAGGAAAAGUUUAAUAUCGUUUUAGUUAAUAAACUGACACCAAUAAACAACAAAGCUGCAUUUAAAAUGUAGGACAUGGUGUGUAUACAAUGUGCAGAUUUUUAUCACGUAUCUCUAAUGAUCUAGUUGUUCCAGAUGUUGUGCAAUAUGAAAUAAGUAGGAAUAAAUUCUAUUUUAAGAUGUAGCAACCAGAAAAAUCUACAGAGAUCACUGAGCUGACAUCACGGUUGUUCUUUUUUUUUUUUUUUUUUUAAUGAGGAUUAGCCACAAAUUAAUACAAUAAGGCCAUAACACGUUAAAGUCCAAGAUUAAUAUUUUGAGGCAGUGCCAAAUAUCUCGUGGCCAAAUAUCUUAUGGGAAUGUCAUACUGAAUAUGUGGCCUCAUAUCAUCUUUAUGCACCGUUGCAAGACUGAAAUAAAGUAUAAUAUUACCGUA